GACACACCUCCUCCACCAAGGCCACACCUUGUUGUAUUCUGGUGAGUGUGUGGAUCCGUGUAGAUUCACAUUCAUGUGGAUCCGUGAAAAGAAGUACAGAGGCGCCUCAAGGAUGAACUUUUAGCCCUUUCCAGCUGCAAGGUGGAUUUGCCUCUUCAGACUGACACCCUUGCUGAGCAAAGGGUCUUUUAUUGUUAUACAAAUCACACAUUUAGCAAGUCAAUUCCUUACACCAUAGUCUUUGAUCUAAGUCCGCAGACAGACAAUGCCAAAUGCAAAUUCUCAGAAAUAAUACCACAGUUUUCUGGGCUGUUGUUACUAAGUUUGCACUUAGGCUUUGAUUCCCUAGGAAAACUCUCAGCUAAGACUUCAAACAGAAGGCAAAGAGACGGGGUAACAAUCACAAAAGCCAGAUCAAAGCCAGGUGCUAACACUCCAGAGUCAAACCGGCUAGAGCUUUGUGGGAAUUCUCCCUCCUUACCUUUCCCAAGCCGGUCCACUAACUGGUGGAACUCCAAUAUAUGAGGCUAUGGAAGCCAUUCUCUUUCAAACCACCACACCUAGCAAUCCCAAAUGUCACUUAUCUCUAACAGACCUGGUUACUGUAAUACUUAUCUUUGGGAUAUUUUGGAGGCAGUGCUUCCUUAGCUCAGUUUUAUUUCGUGUGACUUCAUUGUUGUGCCCUGGGCGCGAGACCCCCAAAGAAACCACCAGAGACACGAACUCACCGAAAUGCAAAAGUAAGGUUUAUUGAAGUAGGUCAAGCUGUGCUGCAGGGACCUUGUCAAGCCACCCAAUGCAGUAGAGGCUGGAGGAGGUGCCCACCCCUCUGCAAGCUCAGGUUUUAAAGGCAAAAACCAUAAAGUUACAUCAUUUAGAGGCGCUUGUACAGGUACAAUUCUGAUUGGCUCAAGUUUUAGGGGCUUUUCAGAAUUUCUGUGUUAUCUUACUUUGUAGUUUUAACCGGUUGUUUGUCAAACUUUAUAGACUACCUCCGGCAUUGGGGCAUUCUGUGGUUAAUCAAUUGUUACCAGAUAGUCCUUCAAAUAUCCUGACUUUGUACUUUGACCAUCUCCAGCAUUGGGGUAUUCUAUGGUUAAUCAGUUGCUACCAGAUGGCUCUUCAAACAUCCUGACUUUGUUGACCAUCUCCAGCAUUGGGGCAUUCUAUGGUUAAUCAGUUGCUACCAGAUGGCUCUUCAAACAUCCUGACUUUGUCCUGGGACCUAUGUCAGCAGCUCUGAGAAUUUUGAAACUCAGGCCUGUUUCAAGCUGGGGUGAGGGGCUUGCUUGAAAUGGGGGUGCUUUGGUUCUCCCUUCAUGUCUCCCAGUAAGUUUAUUAGUAAAUAGUUUACAACAUCCAUUUCUUUCUUCAGGUUCCUUCUCCAUCAGUAAGUAGGACUACUGUGGCUGAUUUGGGAAGCCCUGGACGAAGAAUGCUCUCAGCUGACCAUUGUGGUUAACAGAGAAGUGUGUUAAGCUGUGUUAUUCCUAUUUUCUGAAGAGAAAACCUUGAUUACACAGAGAUUUUAGGGUUUUAACUUUAAUGUCAUUUAAACCAUCUAUUUCAGAUCAACUGAUUUGUAGACAAGAUAUAUUUAUUAGUUAUGAAAAUAGUGCUCGCUUUAGCAGCACAUAUACUAAAAUUGGAACGAUACAGAGAAGAUUAGCAUGACCCCUGUGCAAGGAUGACACGCAAAUUCGUGAAGUGCUCCAUAUUUAAAAAGAGAAAGAAAAGAACUUCUAACAAAGAUACUUUCUCCAAGCGUUUCAUUGUUCUUGCUUUUAACCUAACUAUCCCUAUGUAGACAAGGAUGACCUUGAAUCCUGCUGCAUCACCUGAGUGCUAGGAUUACAGCAUAUGGGGAUCCAAGCCUGGUUCCUGAUAUUCACCCUUUCAACCCAGAGGACCUGCUUUGGGUCUCACAACAUCUAAGUCUUCAGCACUGAAGAAUACCAAGUCAAAUUCAUUCCCAGAAGAAGCCAUAUGUCCGCCCAGGAAAUUUGCUCCUGCACACUUCUUGGGCCACUAGCACCCCAGAGGUGACCACGCCAAGCUCUCUGAGGAAUUGAGAUCACUCUUGAGUUUUUUUUUUUUUUCUUUCUUCUAUUGCACUAACUACAUUUCCCAGAAACCUCAGCGGUGCGAAUACUCUUGUUAUGCAAAUCACACUCCGCCCCUACCGCUCCCCCGCCCUUUUCCUGAUGCUGUCCAUGACUUCAGAUAAUACGGAAGGACUGGGAAAUAAAAAAAUUUCUAGCUUUUUGGAGUUGGUCUUUAAGGCAAUGAUGGAGAAUUAUUCAGGGUUCUAUGAAUCCUGCAGGAUGCGUUUUGGCCACGCCUCAGCCAAACGUGCAUAGAAAUCCCGCUCUUCGAAAGCCAUCUUGUCCGUGGCGGUGUCUCCGACUACGUUUCCCAGAAGCCUCCUCGGUUUCUCGCGGGAAAGUCAUGCGCCGGCGGGACUUCAGAGCUUAGCAGGCAAUUGCUGAGUUCUGCUCUGUUACUGAAGAGCUGCACAGAGGAGCUGCACAUAGCAAAGCCAUGGCUCAGGUGUCAGUGCUGUUCCGAGAUGUGUACAUAGACUUUUCCCAGGAGGAGUGGGAAUGCCUGACUGAGGAGCAGAGAGAUUUGUACAGAGAUGUGAUGUUGGAGAAUUACAGCAACCUGCUUUCAAUGGUCCUGGAAUCAAGAUGUGAGGCCCAGAAAUUGUUUUUGAAGAAGGAACUUUAUGAAAUAGAGUCAGCACAGUGGGAGAUAAUAAGGAAACUCACAAGACAGGACCUUCAGUGCUCUAGUCCCCGAGGUGCCUGGGAAUGGAAUGGCCAGUGUUUGAGACAGCCUGGAUCUCAGGAGAGACAAUUCAGUGAACUGAUAAUCAGUCGUGAAGACACGCCCACUCACAAUCAGUAUCCAUCCUUCAGGCUGCAGCAAAUUAUUAAGAAUAAAGAGAAAUAUUGUGCAAGUAAAGAAAAUAGGAAACACUAUAAACAUGGCUCACAGUUUACUACCCAUCAAAUUAUUCGUACCACUGAGAAGCCAUAUGAAUGUAAGGACUGUGGCAAGACCUUUAGACACCCCUCAGGACUUACUCAUCAUCACAAAAUUCACACUGGAAAGAAACCCUUUGAAUGUAAGGAAUGUGGAAAAACGUUUAUUUGUGGUUCAGACCUAACACGACAUCACAGAAUUCACACAGGUGAGAAACCCUAUGAAUGUAAGGACUGUGGGAAAGCCUUUAGCAGUGGUUCAAAUUUUACUCGCCAUCAGAGAAUUCACACUGGUGAGAAGCCUUAUGAAUGCAAAGAAUGUGGGAAGGCUUUUAGUAGUGGUUCAAAUUUUACUCAGCAUCAGAGAAUUCACACUGGAGAGAAACCGUAUGAAUGUAAGGAAUGUGGCAAUGCCUUUAGUCAGAGUUCACAGCUCAUUAAACAUCAAAGAAUACAUACUGGUGAGAAACCCUAUGAAUGUAAGGAAUGUGAAAAGGCUUUCCGGUCUGGCUCUGACCUCACUAGACAUCAGAGAAUUCAUACUGGAGAGAAACCCUAUGAAUGUAAGAUUUGUGGGAAAGCCUAUUCUCAGAGCUCACAACUCAUCAGUCAUCACAGGAUUCAUGCUGGUAAGAAAGCCUAUAAAUAUGAGGACUGUGGAAAGAACUUCAACUAUGACUCACAACUUAUUCAGCAUCAAAACUUAUAUUGGUGAUAAAUAAAAACAUACAAGAUGUAUGUGAAGACUCAAAACAAUCAGAGAAUCUACCUUUAAAAUCCCUCUAGACUGAAGAAUGUAGAAACAGUUUACUUGUUGAUGACAGCUUGUUCAUCUGAAGAGAAUUCAUAUUGGAGAGAUAACCUAUGAAUAUAGUAUAUUCUGGAAACUGUUCCUAUUUUUAUUGACCCAGAUUGUUCAGUCUGCACAUUAUUGAAAACAAUACUUUGAUCUUAAACAUCAGAAUUCAUGUAGGAAUGUAAUCUUACAGUUUUCCUUGUUUCCUUAGGUUUUUUUUAAUAUAAUUGUUACAUUAACAUUUUAAUCCAUUUUGACUUUACAUGGCUAUAAUGUUUUUCUGUUAACAUAGUUUCAAAAUACCUUAAUUUUUAAAGUUAAUGAAAGUGCCAUUUUUAACUUUAAA